UCGACCGCGACAAAAACGAAUCUCAGACUAGCAGCGUGAUGGAAGUGUGCGGCUCUUCAAACGUGACUCUGAGAGAGUUUGGUUGUGAGCAGAGUUUACUGUCUCGACCUGACGGCUCAGCGUCCUUCAUUCAAGGAGACACAAGUGUGUUGGCUGCAGCGUACGGACCAGCUGAGGUCAAGGUCAGUAAGGAAAUCUAUGACCGGGCAACACUGGAGGUGUUGAUACAGCCCAAAGUGGGACUGCCAAGUGUAAGGGAGCGAUCUCAAGAGCAGUGUGUGCGAGAAACCUGCGAGGCAUCUCUGCUCUUGUCACUUCAUCCGCGCUCCUCCCUCACUCUCAUUCUUCAGCUGAUACAUGAUGACGGUUCACUCUUGUCCUGCUUUUUGAAUGCUGCCUGCAUGGCUCUUAUGGAUGCGGGCCUGCCUAUGAGUUGCCUGUUCUGUGGAGUGACCUGUGCCAUCGACACAGACGGUCAAAUCAUCACAGACCCCACUGCAGCACAGGAAAAGGAAAGUCGGGCCGUGAUGACCUUUGCUAUUGACAGCACGGAACGCAGAGUAAUGAUGUCAUCCACCAAAGGAUCAUUUUCAGUAAACGAGAUGCAGCAGUGUAUUGCAGUCAGUCAGAAAGCAUCAGAGAAGAUCUUCCAGUUCUACAGAGAUUCUGUCAGGCGCCGAUACUCCAAAACCCUCUGAUGAAGCAGCAGCUCUUUUUUCUUUUUCUAGUUUCUUUUAAAAACAUUUUUUUUUUUACAAUAAUUACAAAUACUGAUGUUGUAAUAAAGCAUUUAAUCACCA